UGCACACUCAGCCAAUGAGCAGGCGUGAGAAAGAGUGAUCCACUGAUUGAGGUUGUCUGGAGGAUAACAAGCUGGCCUUGAAACAUACUUACUUACUUACUUACUGUCAGAAGAGUCUGAGCUGCGUACACACACACACACACACUCUCUGGUCUUUACUGUCAGAAGAGGAGCAUCAUCUGAACCGUCGCACUGCAAACAGCCACUCAACAGGAUAAAGAAUGAUGUCGGGCCUGCAGAAACUCCCUCUCAGUGUGACCCUCUGCAUGCUACUCCUCGCCACGCUGUUGCCCAGCUCUGAGGCCCGCCGUGGUUUUGGAGGUGGUGGCUUUAGCCGGGGCGGAGGAGGCCGAGGCCGGGGCUGGGGUGGUGGCGGCGGCCAGGCCUAUAGACCCGUCCAGAGCAGUGGACCCAGUGCAGGCAAAAUAGCCGGGGCAGCUGCAGCUGGCGCCAUAGGAGGAUCAAUGAUUGGCUCUGCCCUGAGCCGCCCUGGGUACGGGUAUGGUGGAGGAUAUGGAGGAUAUGGAGGAUAUGGAGGGGGAUUUGGAGGAGGGUAUGGAGGAUACGGAGGGGGUUAUGGCUACCCACGAUACGGAGGUGGUGGUGGCUACGGCCCCAGGCCUGGCUAUGAGCAAGAGGGCUCUGGAGAUAUGGAGUACUACACCGGAGCAUCCAGCGGCCCCAUCUACAACAGUAUCAUUGUUGUCAUCGGCUCCCUGAUGUCCCUGCUGAUAGGCCACUGGGUGGCCGUCAUGUAGAGCUGGAGACAGAACUGUGAUCCCCCAAACAGACACAGGUCCAAGCCCUGCCUAAAAAUGACCCACAACCUGACAGAGGACAGAACUAGAAGAGGAAUUUGACCCAUUUAACCUCUACAACAUGUCAGUGUGCUACCAUGCUUCACUGUGCAGGCAUACUGAUGAGCAAAGAGAGCCUUCCUGUAGAUAUUUGUCAGGGUUGUGUGAUAAUUUGACUCGAUGGAAAAACUAAAACGGCACCGUUUUCCACACUCCCACAUCUCCUUUUAAUGUGGUCAGUCUUUUUAUACUGUCGAUGAUUGUGGUGGAGAAGGGUUAAUGUGUUUUCUGGUAAGCAAUCUGUGAGUUGUGAGUUUAAGAGCAGCUAUAUACUUCUACUAUAUUCUAAUGCCAUUUCUCAUUGUAUUUUGUCAUAAGUUAAUCUUUUAGACUGUUUUCUCAUUCUGUUUUGCAUUCUGUCUGCUGUGCACAUUGUAGACUUAUAUGUAGCCUUUUAUGUAAAAAAGCAAAAUAUUUUUCCAUGUUUAAAAUUGUUAUAUAAAUAAAAGAACUUAG